CGAUGAAUUACAUUGAUCGCGAUGCAGCGCGCAACGCAAGUGAUUUUAUUGUACCUAUCAGUUAUAUUUUGUGAUGGAGCAGAAAAUGAAUUUUGGCCAGGCUUGCCCGAAAUCAUAGAACCUCCCUACAUCGACAGAUUACCGCAAAAUAAGAAAGAUGCAGAUUAUGAUAAUGUGCCAAGUGCUCCUCAUUACAUUGACACGCAAAAUCAGAGAGUUGAAAAUUAUCCUGUGGAGGAUACAUCGAAUAUUCCGUAUUACGCCAAUACUCAAUCGAAAUAUACAGAAAGUACAUCACUUACUCCGUUUGAAGAUCGGGAAGGUAAUCCACAAAAUCUCACAUUUCGGCAUCGUCAAAAACCGAAAUUCCCUAUUGCUGGACUGGAUUCUUUGAGACCUAUCGAUGAAAGAUUCUGCCUGAAUAAAAUAUUUAACAGGAAUUCUUCACUGUCGAGUCCUGUUGAGUGCGCUCGUACCUGUCGGAAAGGCGAUCGCAAGAUCUGCUAUUAUAAUUUUCUUGCGGAAUAUUAUAUGAUUAACGGAAUGGCAUGCAAAUUGUGCAUUCCCAAUGCGAGUAAUGCUUUCUGCAGCAAUUGUGAAUGCGUACCUGCAGAUGGUAUCGAACGUUCAGCGAAUAUUAUAAAUAGACAGCUGCCAGGACCAGCUAUCGAAGUAUGCGAAGGUGAUCACGUAGUGAUCGAUGUGACGAAUCACAUGCCUGGCUCCGAGUUGACGAUUCAUUGGCAUGGUCUAUUUCAAAAAGAAUUUCAAUAUUAUGAUGGUGUGCCGCAUAUUACGCAGUGUCCCAUUGGGAAUGAUAAUACAUUUAGGUAUCAAUGGAGUGCAAAUAAUCCAGGAACACAUUUCUGGCAUGCACACAGCGGUUUGCAAAAGAUGGAUGGUAUUUUCGGUAAACUCAUCGUACGUCAAACUCCCGAACGCGAUCCUCACAGUCAUUUAUAUGAUUACGAUCUCUCCACUCAUGUUCUAAUCAUUAAUGACUGGAUGCACGAGCAAGCCGUGGCUCAUUAUCCUGGUAAACGUUUCAAUGAGACCGGUCAGAAUCCGGAUUCGAUACUCAUUAAUGGCAAAGGAAGAUACACGGAUAAAAAAACUGGAAUCACUACAAAUACUACAUUGGAAGUAAUAGAUGUAGAACCUGGUAAACGAUACCGUAUCCGAAUAAUCAAUGCAUUUUGCACGGUUUGUCCUGGUAUGCUCACGAUACAGAAUCAUAACUUGAGCGUUAUUGCUACAGAUGGUAUAAGUACCAAACCAAGAACGGUAGAUUCUAUCACAUCAUUUGCAGGGGAACGUUACGAUAUCGUUUUGCACGCCAACAAACCCAUCGGCUCUUAUUGGAUACAAGUUCGUGGUAUAGGAAUAUGCGCAGCGGAUGGUUUACAACAAUUAGCUAUCUUGCGUUAUAAAGGUGCAUCGAAUGAAUCACUAGAACCUGCUGAUUACUCUGAAGGUCUUUCUUCUCAAGGUAUUAAUUUGAAUCCAUUAAAUGCAAAUUGCGAAGAACCGACGAAAGAUCAAAUUUGCGUCAGUGAUCUGGCUAGCGUAGAGCCGAUAGAUAAAGAUAUACUCCGAUUCGAGCCCGACUUAAAGUUUUAUCUACCUAUUGGUUUUUACGCAUAUACAUUACAGGAACUUUAUCAACCCAAUACAUAUGAUAAAUUUAUGUUGGCACAAGGUAAACUCGCUUUAGCAGGUAUAAUCGAUGGCAUAUCAUUCAAAUUUCCAUCUUCUCCGCCACUUUCACAGCCUAUGGACAUUCCGAAUAACCAAUACUGUAAUAGAAAUAAUUUGCCGGAAAAUUGCACCGAUAGUGUGUGCACGUGUACGCACAGAUUAGAUAUUCCGCUCAAUGCAAUUGUCGAGAUAGUGCUGGUAGAUGAAGUACAAGGGGCUAAUCUGUCUCAUCCAUUCCACAUGCAUGGAUACGCAUUUUAUGUGAUGGGUAUGGGAACUGCUAAUGUGAGUAGUAUUAACUGGAAAAUAGUACAGGAAAUGGACAAAAGAAAUCUAGUCUAUAGAUGUUUCGAUAACCCAGUCAGGAAAGAUACCAUUGCAGUUCCAUUUAAUGGCUAUGUUGUACUGCGUUUCCGUGCAGAUAAUCCUGGCUACUGGUUAUUCCACUGUCAUUUCAUCUAUCAUCAGAUAGUCGGCAUGGAAAUGCUUCUAAAGGUCGGCAAGCAAGAGGACGUUCCGCCAGUGCCAAGAAAUUUUCCAAAGUGCAACCAGUAUUUGUCAACUAUUGGAUACAAUGCGUAUCCUCCGUUCACCCAAAGCACGUACAAGCCAUAAUCACAAUUCUUAUAAUCACUAUAUAUACAUAUGCAAAAGAUAAUUUAUAAAAAAAUUGUUGGUACAAAUACGUAUAUAAAAAAUUACAC